GGCCCCGGUGUGGCGGCGGCGGCGGCGGCCCGGGCCCGCCAUGGCCAAGCAGUACGACGUGCUGUUCCGGUUGCUGCUGCUCGGGGACUCGGGCGUGGGCAAGACCUGCCUGCUCUGCCGGUUCACCGACAACCAGUUCCACCCCGCCCACAUCUCCACCAUCGGUGUCGACUUCAAGAUGAAGACCAUCGAGGUGGAUGGGAUCAAGGUGCGGAUACAGAUCUGGGACACAGCUGGCCAGGAGCGGUACCAGACCAUCACCAAGCAGUACUACCGGCGGGCUCAGGGCAUUUUCCUGGUGUACGACAUCAGCAGUGAGCGCUCCUACCAGCACAUCGUGAAGUGGGCCAGCGACGUGGAUGAGUACGCACCCGAUGGCGUCCAGAAAAUCCUCAUCGGGAACAAGGCGGACGAGGAGCACAAGAGGCAAGUGCCCAAAGAGCAAGGGCUGCAGCUGGCCAGGGAAUACGGGAUGGAUUUCUACGAGACCAGUGCCUGCAGCAACCUCAACAUCAAGGAGUCCUUCACACGGCUGACGGAGCUGGUGCUGCAGGCGCACCGCAAGGAGCUGGACGAGCUGCGGGGGCUGCCCCGCGCCCCCACCCUGGCCCGGCUGGAGGAGGAUGAGCAGCAGCCCCUGGGGAGCGAGGACACCCCCAAAACCUGCUGGUGUUGAAGGCUGGGACCCCCCGACCCCUCCUCCCCAGGCUGUGUCAGGGGGCAUGGUAGGGGCAGGAUUGAGGCAGCCCCCACAGAGUGGGGAGCGACACGGGACACUCCCCACUGUUCCAGGGACAGGGAGCGUGGCAAGGGGGGGUCCCCAUCCUGGCACCUGUGCCCUCCUUGGCUCACGGGUAGGGUGGGGGCUGUCCAGGCACUGUGUGCCCACCCUGUGCCCGUGGGACCCCCGGUUUUACACAGUGGUUUGCAGAAUAAAGGUGAUGCU